AUGAAGAGAAGCAACCUGAGUGAUGGUGAGGUCAAUAGAGGUCAUUCAAGAGACUUCAAACAUUUCUCAGACCACAAGAUCUAUGAAGGGAUCUUUCAACUGUGCCAACUACUAGGGCAAUAUGGGAACGUUUCGCUCCUGAUUGAUAACUUCUUGUCCUAUUUCCACGAGUCUCCGUCCUACGUGAAACAAGCCGCCAUGAUCAUGAAUGAGAUCAUGCAAGGAACGCUCCUCGUUGCUAAUGACGAUCAGCUCUCUAUCUGGCAAGACAAGGAGAAGCAGGAAGAGGGAGAUGAGAGAAUAGAGGAUGCACUGACAGAUGCAGAAGAAUUGAAAUCUAUAGUCGGUAUGCUACUUGAUGAGUACCUGUCGCCUUCAUGCUGGGAUGUUCCUACUACCCAAUCAUCUCCUCCAUCUACAGCUCCAUUGUCAUCGCCCUCAUCAUCAUCAUUGUCAUGGCAACCGUCCACUCCUUCUACCCACCUGAUACUAAGGAAUGCAUCAUCAUCAUCUAGAGAUUCAUUGACUGUAUCACAGAUGAAUCAUAAUACGCUUCUGAAAUGUAUUCUCUUGGAUGGGAUUGCGGUGUUUGCUCAGGUUUUAGGAGCUCAGUUUAAUCAACUAUUGAUGCAUUGUCUCUACUUAGUACUUGAAAGAAUGGCGGAUGAAAGAACAUUGGUGUGCCAGCAUGCCCAGGCAACCCUUGCCAUCAUUUCCCAGGCCUGUGGAUACAGAUCAAUCAGUGAACUCCUGCUGAUGAAUGUAGACUACUUGUCUGACUCUGUCUCAGCUCGUCUCAGGCAUUACGAAUGGAACCUCAAGGCACCAUUGGUUCUCAAGGUCACCUUACAACACAGCACAUGCGACAUACUGCCUUUGCUUCAGGAUACCAUUGAAGAGGUCUUUCAUCUCAUGGACGAUCACCACGGCGACCAUGCCACAUCGUUGAUGAGUGUUCUUCAGUCUCUGGUGUUAGCUAUCAAUAGAUGGUUUCCUGUUUCCAGUGAGGAGGAAGUAUGUACUGAGGUACUAAGCUGUGAAUCAGAUCAAGUCAGUUCCAUCGUGGCAUUCUGCAAUGAUUACAUUCAGACUUUGAAUAAAGCUGAUGAAGAUCUUAAGAACCUGGAUUUGGAGAUGGAUCCAGAGAAUACAAAUGAGGCUGAAGAUGAGGAGAAAUGGAUGGAGGAAGCAGAUAAACCCAAGGAACUCCCUCUCCACAUUAAAAAUGUCAAACAGGUGUUGGAGCACUGCGUAAAUCUCAUGUCUUCAUCUAACCCUCGUCUGAGACUUCAGGUUCUUAGCACUGUCCAGUCUGCUGUAGAGGCACUUCAUGCAGACCAAGAUGUGUUAUUGCCUCUUGUCCACAAGCUAUGGCCAGCCUUUGUAUUGAGGUUUACUGAUCAGGAGAUUCUAGUCACAUGUAAGGCCUUUGAAACUCUUCUCACUUUAGCGGAAAGCUCCAGGGAUUUUAUCCGAAGAAGAGUUGUGAAAGAUGUCUGGCCCAAACUCACCUCCUUCAUACAGACUCAUGCUGCAAUGAGUGAAAAGGCUGGUUCGAGCUAUCACCAUACAGCUUACUACAAAUUACAGCAUUCCAUUCUAGCUGGAAUAGGUCAGCUAUGUUUACAGGUUGAUAUCUGUGAAGCAGACUUGCUGUUGAUGGUUCAGGCUUGCAUUCCCUACCUUAACGCAUGUCAACCAGUAGGACUACAAGAGGCUUGUAUAUCAGCGUUUGAGGGUUUUAUCGGAGCCGAGCCUGAUGCUGUAUGGUUCAGUCUGCUUGAUAUAAGCAGCUCUUCAUCAUUACAACCAACUCAUUCAUGUUUUCCAUCUAUAAAGUUUGCUGGUGACUCAUCGAAGCAGAACACACAACAGUGGAGCAAUAUUGAGAAACUCCUGAGAUGACGGCAGUCAAUAUAAUUAUGUCACAAGCAUUCCUACCUUUCAAGAAAUGAACCUUGAUCUUAUAAAGGCCUACAUAUGUAGAACACAUGGUUUGUAGUUUGAGUCCCGCUGCAGCACUAAUGUCCUUUGGCAAGACAUUAAUCAACAUUUGCCACUCUCAACCUAGGUGGAGUAAAGGGGUACCUGGUAUGAAGAAAUUCCUUGAAUGCUUUAGCACCUCAUUAUUAAAAGGCAGCUCAGUUACAGCCAGGGUAAUUAUAUACUUUCUAUUAAGUGUAGUAGAGUUUUUACCUACACUGUAAAAAGACCUAAUAUUAUUAUUACAAGUUUUUGAGGUUGAUUUUAUACAUUCUGGCCACACAGGAUUAUUUUUUCAGGCGAUUAGUACAAUUCAAGUUUUUAGGUUAACAGCACCUAAUGUAAUUGAAGUUCUAAUUACCAAGACAAAUGCUAAAACCUGGGAGGAGUGUUUUUUCUUGUCAUCUUUGAAAAGCAUACACAAAUCUAAUUUUUUAUCAAGUUAAAGGUCUCCUAUUGACAAUUUAACUUUGUCAUUAUUUAAGUUUUUUAAUGUCAGUCUCUUAAAGAUCUUGUCUUGCCCAUAUGUUGAGGGAAAUCUCAUGUUCGAUACAUGUAAAUGUACAUGUACACAUAUUGAAGGUCUAGUGGCAGCAGUUCAAAUUUUCUUAAUUUGGUUAAUUAAAGGAAGCCUCACCCCAAGAAAUAACUUUAGUUAUUCUGAAAGAUUUAUUGUAUUCUUGCCCAUUAAUCUUACAAGAUUCUCCACCAAAGUGAAUGAAGGAAGAUAUUCUUAGCAUAAUGUACAUUUUUGCCAUUUUCUGGAUAACGUGAUGUACUAUGCGAUUUUUGUUAUCAACUAAAUACAUUAAAAUUUAUGGAUGCUUCUUUCCCAGUUGUGUGUAGUGAUGAAGUACUUCAUUCAUCUGCUACUAUCUUUUGUAAUACAAUUUUCAGAAUGCAAAUUGCAUAUGUUACCCCGGUCCGGGGGUAAAUAAUAUAAAUUCUGAAAAGAAAUGAAGAGGCUGGUCAGAAUAAGUGUUUACUGUGAAGCAUCAGGUAUAGAACUCUUUAAUAACAUAAAGAUAAACAUGGAAUAACAUAUUCCACUAAUGAAACUAAAUACAAGUAAUACGGAUUAAAUAUAAAUAUGAACACAGCUAA